AUGGGAAAUUUGCCGGAGCCUCGAGUUUCAGAAUCCCCUGCCUUUGAUCGUACAGAGGUCGAUUUCUUUGGUCCACUUCUCAUCAAGGAGAAGGCUCAUCGUAACAAGUCCUUCCUCAAGGUGUAUGGCUGUGUUUUCGUAUGCUUAGCAUCAAAGGCCGUUCACAUCGAACUGGCUCUCGAUUUAUCCGCUCAAGGUUUCUUAGAUGCCUUUGACCGUUUUACAUGUCGUCGAGGUCUCCCUAGUCACAUGUAUUCUGACAACGGUACCAAUUUUGUGGGAGCAAAUCGUGAGCUUCAGGAACUCUACGAUUUGUUCGAAAGCCCCGAAUUCCGCAAACAAGUCGGAGAAAAUAGGAUUGCGAAACGUGUGGAGUGGCACUUCAACCCUCCUUUAUCGCCACAUUUUGGGGGUCUUUGGGAAGCGGCUGUUAAGAGCUUUAAACAUCAUUUGAAGCACGUCCUAAAUCAACAGCUCACUUAUGAGCAACUAGAAACCUUCCUGAUAAAAAUUGAAGCGAUCUUAAACUCACGACCUCUUUGUGUUCUCUCCGCCGAUUCGAAUGAUCCUUUAGCAGUUACUCCAGCUCACCUUUUGAUCGAUAGACCUAUAAAUGUCUUACCCGAAAAAUCUCUUUUAUCAGUUCCAGAUAAUCGUCUUUCCACAUCCAAGUUCUUGAUCAAUGCCCGUCAGAAUUUCCGGGACAAAUGGCAUAAGGAGUAUUUACACGAACUUCAGAUUCGGCAAAAAUGGGAAACCUCCAACUCGACACUCCAACCUGGAAUGAUCGUCCUUCUCAUGGACGAUCUCACACAUUGCGCAAAAUGGUCACUGGGAGUGGUCCUCGAGGUCUUUCCUGGGAGUGACAGCAUCGCUCGGGUUGCGUCUGUGAAGACUUCCUCGGACGUAUAUAAACGCAAUAUCACUCGACUUUGCGUGUUGCCGGUGGUUCAAGAUGAUCCGCCUCUUUCAAAGUCUCAACAACUUCAGGGGGUAUGA